GCCUAGCGGGCGCCGGUGACGUCACGCCGUGUCUGUGAACUCCGAGUUCGGUAAUGGCGGCCGUGAGAGAGCGAGACUGGAGCGGGGCGUAAGGUGCUCAUGAUGGGGAACUGCCUGAAAUCCCCCACCUCGGACGAUAUCUCUCUGCUGCACGAAUCCCAGUCUGAUCGCGCCAGUUACGGCGACGGACCCGAAGGAGAGCACGAGCCCCCGCCGCCGUACCAGGAGCAGGCCCCAGUUCCCGUGUAUCAUCCUACCCCAAGCCAGACCCGCUUGGCUACUCAGCUGACAGAAGAGGAACAAAUUCGAAUAGCGCAAAGGAUAGGACUUAUCCAGCAUCUUCCUAAAGGCGUAUAUGAUCCUGGGAGAGACGGAUCCGAGAAAAAGAUCAGAGAGUGUGUGAUCUGUAUGAUGGACUUUGUGUAUGGGGAUCCCAUACGAUUCCUGCCCUGUAUGCACAUUUAUCACAUGGACUGUAUAGACGACUGGCUAAUGAGGUCGUUUACUUGCCCUUCCUGCAUGGAACCGGUGGAUGCAGCACUUCUUUCUUCAUAUGAGACUAACUGAGCCACAGAAUCACCUUGCACCGAACACAAUCCAAGGCUUUUAAGGUUCUCUUCCUUCAUCUUUGAGCCCAAAGAGCCAAAUCGUAGGGAUUAGGAUAAUGCACAAACAUCCUAGUAACUCAACUGGCGAUCUAGAACAUGUAUGGAAUGUCUUUCAAUUGGAGCGAGAUCUAGAAAACAUUUGUCGGCAAGCACUUAUUCUAGUGUAUAAGACCAUCUGUUAUCUGCUCACCGUAUAUAAAACUCCUCCUCCCUUUUGGAUUCUAUGUGUACAAUAAGUUAUGCUUCGUGUUGUCAGUGACCUGGCGCUGCUGCCAUGUUGAUGCUAUUUAAUUUUCCCAGACACUCCCGUCUACCCCUUUUGACCAUUCAAUGAUGUCUCUAAUGGAUUUGGGGAGUCAUAACUUUUGUAUAGUAUGCACUUCCCAGGAACAGGAGCGUACAAUUAUUGGUUAUAGCUGCAAGCAUGUCUCUUGGGGACAGAAGUUGCUGCUACAAGCACAUAAUCGCAGUCUGAAUGUCUUGCUGUUCCAGUCGGCGGAGUUCUAAAGAAGUUGUAACAAUGAUGUCGGUUAUGUUCCAUCCUAAGCAAAAAAUAUCUCCCGGAAAUUCAUCCUUCUGGGUCAAGGCUCUUCAGUGCCAACAGAGUCUGUGACAAAUUGCAUCCUCUCCUGAAAUGAAGAGCUUCAUUUUAAAUUGCUGGCACACUACUUGUUUUAACUCUUUGCUCCCUGUGCAUAGUAAGCAGUGGGCUUUGUCCCCUCUAACACGGAUGGGAUUUUUUCUGCACCUUUUUAUUGUUUUGUUUUUUUUUCCAUUUGAAAUGGAAUCCAUGGCCUUAGGUCUUACUAAAUGAACGUGAUUAUUGUCAGGCUCUCUAUGUAUUAGAGCACCAUUGUGUUUGAAGUUUGUUCAGAUUGCUUUUUGUGUAUGCAAGUGGAAUCGACCAAUUUCAACGUGAUCUUUGCUGGAAUCAGAACUGACUGACAAAUUGUGUGUUCCAAGUGAAAAGGUUCCAUCUUGUGUAUGUAUACUAACCUCCAUUUUUAUCAGAGGUACCUACAGCCGAUUUGUGUUGCAGGAAUGUCUGGCUAUGAAGGGGUUAAUCAUUUAUCUUGUUUUAUGUUUAUAUAAUCACUACAUACAGUAUGUGCUUUUUUUUUUUUUUUCCUCUGUUUUUUUCGUUGUAAACUCUAAAUGUAUUUUGACAAACUUAUUAAUUGGUCCUGCUAGCUCGGUACCAAAUUAAAGUGAUGUAUUCCUGAGGAUAAAACACCUGUUUUGUUUUGCUUAAAUUGUCAAACACCCUUUGUCAGAAAUCUGCAGUUCCAGGUUGUACUGAAAUUAAAAGGACAUGCAAGUUGGAAUUAAACAUUCAUCAUUCUGCUAUAACUAACAAUUUCAAAACAGUGUCUUUCUCUUGGUCACCAUUGUAGAAACUUCCAUGCUGAGAAACAUGCAUGUCAUAAAGAGACAUGAAACCCAAAUGUUUUCUUUUAUGAUUUAGAUAUGCCGUUUUAAACAUCUUUCUAAUUUACUUCUAUUAUCUAAUUUGCUUAAUUCUCUUGAUAUCCUUUGCGGAAAGGCAUAUCUAGAUAGGCUCAGUAGCGGCUGAUUGGUGGCUGCACAUAGAUGCAUCGUGUGAUUGGCUCAAUUAUGUGCAUUUUUCCGCAAAGGAUAUCUAAAGAAUGAAGCAAAUUAGAUAAUAGAAGUAAAUUGAGAUGUUGUUUAAAAUUGGAUUCUCUAUCUGAAUCACGAAAGAAACUUUUUGGGUUUAAUGUCCCUUUAUAUAUGCUGCCAUGGACACAUGCACAUUCCUGGGUGUACCUAAGUAUGCUACAAUGAAAAUGAGCUUGGUUUUAAGAGGAGACUAAGGGGCCUAUUUAUCAAAUGUCUUGCUGACCUGAUCCGACAGUGCGGAUCAGGUCCGCAAAACAUCGCUGAAUGCGGAGAGCAAUACGCUCUCCGUAUUCAGCAUUGCACCAGCAUCUUACAAGAGCUACUGGUGCAACGCCGCCCCCUGCAGACUCGCGGCCAAUGGGCCACCAGCAGAGAGGUGUCAAUCAACCCGAUCGUACUCGAUCGGGUUGAAUUCCGGCGAUUCCUGUCUGCCUGCUCAGAGCAGACGGACAGGGUUAUGGAGCAGCGGUCUUUAGACCGCUGCUUCAUAACUGCUGUUUCUGGCGAGUCUGAAGAUUUGCCACAAACACGGGCCCACAAGCUCCAUUCGGAGCUUGAUAAAUGGGCCCCUUAAAGGGACAGUCAACACCAGAAUUAUUAUUCUUUUAAAAGAUAGAUAAUCCCUUAAUUGCCCAUUCCCCAGUUUUGCAUAACCAAAACAGUUAUAAUACACGUUUUACCUCUGUGAUUACCUUGUAUCUUUGCCUCUGCAGACUGCCCCUUUAGUUCAGUUCUUUUGACAGACUUGCAUUUUAGCCAAUCUGUGCUCACUCCUCUGUAAAUUCACGUGCAUGAGCUCAAUGUUAACUAUAUGAAACACAUGACCUAACGCCCUCUAGUGAUGAAAAACUGUCAACUGCGGUGGCGACCUUCAAGGUCUAAGAAAUUAGCAUAUGAACCUCUUAGGUUUAGCUUUCAACUAAGAAUACCAAGAGAACAAAGCAAAAUUGGCGAUAAAAGUAAAUUGAAAAUACAUGCCCUAUCUGAACGAUGAGAGGUUUUUUUUGGACUUGGCUGUGCCUUUUAACAACCUGAUGGUAUAAAGCUCUCUGGUCUGGUGAGAUUAUCUAACUAGUCUCGUCAGUACUUUGAUGUUCCUAAAUGAAUUUUAUAGAGGAAAAUUGUAUCUAGUUUAUCUCGCUAUGCAAAGGUCUAGAUGUGAAGGCACAUGCAUUACAAUAUAACGCUCCCAGAAAUUUUGCGUGAUUUCUCUUUGUGCCAGAGAGCUUUUAUCAGGCACUUAGAAAGGUACAUUUUAUAAGAGGUCAAUUUUAGAUUUUUGUUUUAAUUGUACCUGUUUAAUGUGGACUUCCAUGUUGCUGGGCUGCAAGUUAGAAAUAAAGCAGUGCAUGUGUAUAACUGUUAUUGUCACUGCACAGCAUAUUUAACGGUGGAGGAUACUGAGUAAGGUCUAUAUGACAGAUCAUGUUGCUUUUGACACCAAGUUCUAUCAUGCAUAUUUUAAACAUUUUUAUUUUUUUAUGUCGUCAUUUUAUUAUUAGUUAUUUGUAGAGCGCCAACAGAUUCGGCAGCGCUAUAUGUUAACGCUGUUUGAAGUGCAUAGCAUUGUACAAUUGGUCUCUAGGGACUGAUUGGCUGAUUAGCAGAGCCUCUACUGCUUUAUCAGACAAUUACACACAUCACAAGCAUAAAACAUUUUUUUAUAUACUUUAAAUUGGAACAUCCAUUUUGCAAAAACAAAAUUCACACACUGUAAAAAAAAAUGUUUUUAUAUUCAACAAAGCAAAAGACGACUAAUUCUUGUUAAGGUCACAUAACAGGCAGUGCUGGUGCACUGAUCAUGAUUGUAACAGAGGAUCAGUAACGCCCGUCACAGUAGUGAGCAUGAGGCUGUGGGUGGUAAAUGAACUGACCCUGUAACAUGUACCACAGUGAUAAUUUAGCUCAGAGAACAAGCUUGUUUACAUCUGUCACUAACUGGCUAAAGAAAAGAUGCAAUAAUACAGGCUUAUACACAAAAUGUAAUGUGUUAUAAAACGAAUAAAUGCUGUAAUGAACAAAACACAGCCAGCCCCAGUGUGUCUCAAACCGUAUCAAACCAGAAGAAGAGUAUGGAGGCGCUGUGUUCCCUCCGGGAUAUGUAUCAAUCUGGCUUCUCAUUCAGACAUACAACCUCAGGAGAAGAGAACCAACAGUGCAGUACAGCCAGAAAAUACAAAAGCACAAAAUGGAAAGGACUCACAGGGUUAUGCGAAUAAGACGCUGGAGUCUACAUAAAAAACAGCAGUAUCCAUUUAAUAAAUUAAAGUGUCUCUUGCAAUAAGGAAUUUGCUACUGUUUAUCAUAAUUUGAAAGAGUUUACGUUGACUUUUAUUGGGUAGUUUAGGGCUUUUAUUUAAGUUCCAUAUCAGAGGGCAGCUGGAAAACUCUCUCUCUCUACCUUUUUAUUAUUUCCAACUAAUAUUGUUUUAGUUGUGGGCACCACCACCACAUAUGUCCCAUGCCACUGAUCCCAUGUCCAGGAUGUAGUAAAAUAUCAUUUAUAUUUUAAAAGUUCUUAUUAAACUAUAUCCUCAGCCUAAUCUCGGUAACUACACGUUUCAGCAAAAAUUGCUUUCUCAAGAACAAUUUUGUAUUACCAAGUCACUGAAUAAAAUAAAUAUAUCCUGUUUUA